ACCGCUCUCUCGCUUCUUCCACACCACAGUCACCACCAAACUCGCGACCAGAACCACCCCAGCCUUCGCUACCACCAUGACUUCCCUCGCCGUCCACUCCACCAAACACAAAGUCUGCAUCGUCGGCAGCGGCAACUGGGGCACUACCAUUGCCAAGGUCGUCGCCGAGAACACAAAAGAGAACUCCGACGUCUUUGAAGAAGAGGUCCAGAUGUGGGUGUUCGAAGAACAAGUCCACAUCCCAAAAGACAGCAAACACUACGACGCGGCGUCCGAACUCUGUCAAAAACCUCAGAAACUCACACAUUUGAUCAAUGCCCUACACGAGAACGUCAAGUAUCUGCCCAGCAUUCCGCUACCGCAGAACAUCGUCGCCAACGCGGAUUUGGUGAAAGCGGUGGAAGGAGCGACGAUCCUGGUGUUCAAUCUUCCGCAUCAGUUCAUUGGAAAGAUUUGUGAACAGAUCAAGGGAAAGGUCGUGCCGUUUGCGAGGGGUAUCAGCUGUAUCAAGGGACUGGAGGUGACGGAAGAAGGUUGUGAUUUGUUUUCGGAUAGUAUUGGACAGAAGCUGGGCAUUUAUUGUGGUGCGCUUUCUGGAGCGAACAUCGCGACGGAAGUGGCGCUGGAGAAGUUUAGUGAGACGACGGUGGCGUAUGAUCCUCCGCAUAUGGAUUCCCAGCGACCGACGCCCGAGGGUACGCCAAGUACUUCGAGGAGAGGGAGUCAGGAGGGAUUGGAGGUGACGAUUAACGGGGCAAGGGUGGAGGGAUUGGAGAAGGGCAAGGGUAAGGUGAAGUUGGUGAGUCUGCCGGCUGAGUAUCCUCCGCUCAACCAUGCAAAUAUGCGGAAGCUGUUUCAUCGACCAUACUUCCAUGUCCGCAUGGUACACGACGUGGCCGGAGUGUCGUUGGGCGGAGCUCUCAAGAACGUCGUCGCUCUCGCUGCAGGCUGGGUCGAUGGACUAGGCUGGGGAGACAAUGCCAAAGCCGCCGUCAUGCGAGUCGGAAUCCUGGAAGAAGUCAAAUUCGGCAAGACAUUCUUCUCCAACUCCUGCCGCACCGAGACUUUCACGGAAGAGUCCUGCGGUGUGGCCGACAUGAUCACUUCUUGCUCUGGAGGUCGAAAUUUCCGAUGUGCGAAGAUGAGUGUGCAGGAGGGCAAGCCGAUCAAUGAAAUCGAGGAGAGGGAACUCAAUGGACAGAAGUUGCAGGGUACGAGUACUGCGCUUGAGGUCAAUGCGUUCUUGAAGAAGCAGAAAAUGGAGAAGGAGUUCCCGCUGUUCACGGCGGUCUAUCAUGUUUUGCAGGGCAAUAAUCGUCCCGAGGAUAUUCCAAAGUUGAUCGAGCCUGCGGAUGAGUAGGAGGAGUCGGAGAUGAACUUGCACGAGAAGAGCGCAUGACAAGGACAAGGCAAUGAAAUAUGAAAAUUUUAUGCAUGAUAGCGAGGCGUUGUGGGACAAGGGUUUGGUAGGAUCACCUAUAGAAUCCUGCGAGGGAGCUACACGUAGACAGUUGCCUUAUGAAAGGCAACACUGAAAUGAUCGAUGCAUCUGAUAGACCUACGACCAAUACGAAAGUUGAUCAACUACGCU